AUGGUGUACUCAGUGAAAUGUGUGGUCUGUGGACUUAAAAAUGUGGAUGCUCCAAGCAUUUCAUUUCAUUUUUUUCCGAAAACUGAAGAAAAGAAACGUUUAUGGUCAAAUUCUCUUGGACUGCAGGUCAAACUAUUGAAAAACAAUAGUAAAAUAUGUUCAUUGCAUUUUAAAACCUCUGACUAUCUUAUGAGUACUAGUCGUAAAGUUUUAAUGUCAAAUGCUCUACCAACAUUAGCUGCGUCAACUACAAAUGAUGUUGAAAUUGAAUAUUGUAGUAUGAAUACACAGUCUGCAUCACCUAAUAGCUAUCCUUGUACAUCUUCGUCUGUUGAAACGGUGACUAUUACAGAUUUGGGUGUUGACGUACUUGAUUGUAGUCAAACUGAUGAUGAUGGUAUUGACAAUUCCAUCGUUUGUACAACUUCUCUACAAAAUGAAUCAACUCCUGAUGUAGCAGAUUUUGAUAAGCACAAACGUGAUCCAAUCUCAGAAGAUGAAAUGGCUACUCCAAAAAUAAGAAAAUGUUGGUCUUCUUCGAGAAUCGGUGAUAUGACUCACGAACAUUUUUCUACACCACGAAAAGCUAACGCGUUGGGGUCAGAUGUAUUAGAAAACAUUGUUAAAGAUAUUUUAAAUGGCAAAAAAAGAAAGUUUUGUCCAGAGCUGAGAAAAUUUGCAGUAACCCUUCAAUACUAUUCUCCACGAGCGUACACAUACGUACGUAAAACAUUUAAAAAUUUGUUACCUCAUCCUCGAACGUUGCGUAAAUGGUAUACAGUUGUAAAUGGUAAAAAGGUAAAAGUUCUGCAAUCGUGUUGCACCGCAUGUGUUUGUAGGAUCGAACAUCUUGGAAAUCAAGUAUUCGAUUCAGUGAUCAACGAUUUAUCAGAUUGUCGAUUUUUUCUUUAG